UAUGCUUUAAUAUGGAUUGACAUAGCUUGAAGAAUUUUUUUUGUACCUUGUAUAAAAUGGGCUCAUAGCUACAAAUUCAAUGUCUUUUGUCGAUACAGUAGUAAUCGAUUAAUUCGAACAUUGAGAGCAACGUUCUCCUCACUAGAAAGUAGACUUGAGGAUAGUAUUCAUACUUUUAUUAUCGUCAUUUGUUUUUUUCUUGUCACAGUCUAGUGAAAAUAAUUGCUGAAAAUGGGCAAACGUCGAAAACAAACUUUAAUAGAGUCGGACGAUGAUACCAGUGAUAAUGCAUCUAACCUUGAAUCGGAGCUACUAUCUCUGGCAAAGAAAAAGUCUAGAACGAAUUCGACUCAAGUUAAAGCUGCAUCAUUGUCUGGAUCGGAUUCUGACUCAGACUGGGCGCAGGGGGCAAGUACCUCCACUGCUGCAAAAAAGACACGCAUAAAAAAAGUUAACAAGGAAUCAGAUUCAUCGGAUUCAGAAGAAGAAAAUGACUGUCAAAACAAAAAAAAUGAUAUUUUGGGGAAAGAACUUAUUCCCCGAGAAGAAGGAGAGGUUUCGGAAAGUGAUGGUAAAGAAGAAAGCGAUUCAGAUUCGAGUUCCGAAGAAUGUUCGGAUACUAGCUCAGAUUCAGAGUUUGAUGAUGGUUAUGAUGAAAACCUCAUGGGAGAUGAAGACGAUCGUAGACGCCUAAAUGGGCUUUCUGAAAAAGAGCGUGAAACUGAGAUUUUUAAACGUAUCGAGCAAAGAGAUUUAUUGAAAACACGAUGGGAAAUUGAGCGCAAACUUAAAUUAGCGCGACGAGGAGAAAAAACUAUUAAACCUAAUAAACAAAAAAAAAAGAAGAGUAGCGUGUCCAAAAAAUUGAAACAGAAAUAUAAAGAUGAGAAUACUGAAGAAAUAGUUCCAAUUGUAGAAAAAGAACCAAAUGAAGAGAUAGUAAUGUCUAAUAUUACCCAAGAUAUGGAACUGCCAUCAACAAUACCCGAGGAGAUCAUACUUGAUCAGAAACUCUUAACAGAUGACCAAAAUACUGUAGAAAAUUUAGAUCAUAAGGAACGAUCCAAAGAACGUAAGAAGAACGUUGAAAUGAAUAGGACUGACGAUAAGCGUAGCACCGCGAUGGCAAUGCUAAAAGCAAAACGCGAGGGAAAAGCUAAACGAGAGGAAGAGGAGGCUAAGCGUCAAGCGGAACGCGAUAAGGAGGAAGAAAAAGAAGAACUAGAAGGAGUAUCCGGAGGAAAGUCUUCUGUUAAGCUAAAAGCUUCUGAAAUAUAUUCUGAUGAUUCAGCUAGUAGCGAUACAGAAGACGAAAAGCCUUCCGAAAAGCGUUCACGUUCAGCUAGUAGCAGUAAAUCUUCGAGUGAAUCAGAAGAUGAAGAAGACACUAUAAGAGAACCAGUAUAUAUUAGCACUCGAGACGAAUUAAACAAAUUGCGACUGUCAAGAUUCAAAAUGGAACGGUUUAUUAACCUUCCCAUGUUUGAGCGAACAGUUAUGAAUUGUUUUGUACGUAUUAGUAUUGGUAAUAACGGUCAAAAACCAGUUUAUAGAGUGGCUGAAAUAGUUGGUGUAGUGGAGACUGCUAAAAUCUAUAGCCUGGGAAAAACUCGGACCAAUCGAGGCUUAAAACUUAAACACGGCACUCAGGAACGUGUAUUUCGUUUAGAGUUUAUUUCCAAUCAAGAGUUUACCGAAACUGAAUAUGCUAAAUGGCGUGACAUAUGUACACAACAAAAUGUACCGAUGCCAACAAUCGAUAUGAUUGAGCGAAAACAAAAGGAUAUCAAAGAAGCUCUUAAUUAUGAGUUUAAGGACGAAGACGUCGAAAAAAUCAUUGAGGAAAAAAAUCGGUUUAGAAAUAGACCCACCAAUUACGCAAUGAGAAAAACCUGCCUAAUGAAAGAAAGAGAUGCUGCAAUGUUACGUGGAGAUUAUGAUGUAGCUCAAGAUUUAGGUCAACAAAUUGACGAGCUAGAAAGUCGAGCAUCAGAACUCGAUAAAAAGCGAUCAAGUAGCAUUAGCUUAAUAUCUUAUAUAAAUGAUCGAAAUAGAAAACGAAAUGUUGAAGACGCUGAGAAAGCAAUUUUGGAAGAAGCACGUGCUAACAAAGGCUUAAAGAUUUCUGAUCCAUUCACGCGACGUAUUACCCAACCACGCAUGGGUUUCAAAUCAGUUGAAAAAAAAAGCGAACCAACCAUUCAGCAGACACAAGCAAUACUGCCGACCAAACGAAAAGUUGAGGAGAGUACUACGGGCGGUUCAAAACCAACUGAACCUAAAACAGACUACAGCUUAUAUGCUCUACAUGAUUUUGACAUUGAAUUAGACGUAUCCCUUUUGAAUACUGUUCCAACAACACGAUAAUAAUCAAAUUAAUUUGUAUUCAACAAGAAUAAGUUGUUCGAAUAAAGAUUUUGAGGUAAUUUGAGUA